AUCAACCGAUGCUCCAACCCACCACCACCAAUACUAUAUUGCCAGAUGAGCUCAUCGACGAUAUCCUCCUGAGGCUUCCGGUAAGGUCUCUCCUUCGAUUUAAGUCUGUGUGUAAAUCAUGGAAAACCCUAAUCACCCAUCCCAAAUUCGCAAACAUUCAUCUUCGAUCCUCCACCACCUCGGAAGACACAAGCAUGGCCAACAAACAAUUAAUCUUUUUUACUAAGAUAGAACCCUACGUGAUCUUAACUUACAAUCUUAAACAAUUAUUUGAAAACCCAUCAACAUGUGCUGAACCUGUUAUCUCCAGCUUCUUAAAGAUGAAAAAGUAUGGUAAUUACGGUUCAUGUAAUGGGUUGUUGUGUCUGUUUGAUCGCUCUCAAUGUCGUCUCAAACUGUUCAACCCUUCUAUCAGGGUCAAAUCCAAAAAAUCUCCACAAGUUUUUCCGCCACUUGAUUGGACGUUGAGGUAUUACGGCUUUGGAUAUGAUCAAAUUAAUGACAAGUACAAGUUCCUUGUUGUUUUGAAAGAUUAUGACAACGGGGAAACUUUAACCAAAAUUUAUACCUUUGGUGAAGAUUCUUGCAAAACUAUUCAGAAUUUCCCUUGUAAUUCUAAUGAUUCAUCAGGGGAAUAUGUGAGUGGGACUCUGAAUUGGAUAUUUAAUAAAGUAGAUGAUGUUAAUGGUGUUCGUCAAAAGUCGAUUCUUUCCUUUGAUUUGAACAAGGAGACUCAUAGGGAAAUAUUGCUGCCUCCAAAAGACGGUGGCAAAGUGCACAGAGAUAGUAAGCUGUGUGUUUUGAGUAAUUGUCUUUGUAAUAUUGUGUAUGAAGAAUCGCAUUGGGUUGUGUGGUUGAUGAAACAGAUUGGAGUUGUUGAGUCGUGGACUAAAUUGAUGAUCAUCCCCUAUGAAAAGUUUAGGUCGAGUUCUCUACCUUUUAAUCCUAUUGUUGAGCCCUUGUUCAUUUCGGAAAAUGGUGUUGUUCUUCUAGGGGACAAACUGGCUUCAAAAUUUGUUCUAUAUAACUUAAAUACUGGUGAGUUGGUUUAUCCCUCUUUAAGUUGGGAACAUCCACUUUAUCUACGUAUUCAACUUGAAAGUUUGGUAUAUCCGUGA